AGUUGAUGACCAGAAGCCUCUUUCCGGUUUGAAAAAUAGCGCUUUAUUAAUAAAAUAUUCCUUUUAGAUGCUACUUCCUAUAAUUUAAGUUAUAAGAGUGCUUGGAAAUUUAUUUGUACCACAUUACUCAAGAUUUAUUCGCAACGGUUGCUUUUACUUGAGAAAACCAGCAAAAAUACUAUUUAUCGCUCUCUUUCUGUGCAGAUUAUGGCUCACUUUGAUACAACUGUGACGGAUAGUGUCGUUAAAACUGUAACAAAGGAAUACAGAAGGCUGCUGAAAAGAGAUAGUUCCAACCUUAUGAAUGACCCAGCUGCUGAUAAAUCGCUUGAUUCUUCUUCUUCAAGCGUCAGACAAAGUUUAAAUUUUGAUGCUUCAAUAUUAUCACAAUCAGACUCCAGUAGUUACUUUGAAGAUUCAUUGCACAAGGAGCGAUCUGUUCGUAAAGAACUAGUUAAUGCUAAGGCUAAAAUUGCUUCGCUAGAACACACAAACAUUCAACUUGAAACUUCGAAUAAGAAAGCUCGGGUAGAGUAUGAACAACAGUCUACGGAAAAGACAUUGUUACAUGAUAGCGAUAAAGUAAAAUUGAAAGAAAUAGAGAGAAAGGUCCUUAGUCUUGAGAGGGAGCGUAACAAAUUACGAGAUAAAAUUGCUGAGACGGAGGAACAAGCGGAGUUAAAUUAUUUAAAUCUGGAGUCAAGGUUAAGAAAAAAAGAAACAAAAUGUCUGGAAUUAGAAAAAGAAAAAUCCACUUUACUAUCAAAAAUAAACAAUUUGGAAGAGAAACUAGUAGUUCUAGCAAAAGAUAAUCAGAGUCUUGAAUCGAAACUGAAUGUAUCUGAAAAUAAUAACGAUACUAAUAAGAUAUUACUUGAAGAUGCUUUGGAGUAUGAAAAGGCCAACAAAAAACUUAGAGAGCAAAUACUCGAAAUGCAAUCGAAACUAGCUGAUUCUGAAAAACGACUGUAUGAUCAACAAAAACUGAUUGUCGAUUAUGAAGAUGAUGCAGCUAUAGUUAGAAUGAACAAGAAAAAGUUGGACAGUAUUCCUCGCCUUGAAAGAGAAGCUCGGAAAUAUAAAGAAGAACUGGAAAAGGCCACUUCUUUUUCGGAGAAUAUUAACCUAUUAAGAGAACAACUAAACUCUGAACAGAUUAAAUCAAAGCGACUGGAAGAACGUUGUAAACAACUUGGAGUUAUCGAAGUUGAGUUUGAAAACUUGAAGAAACAAAUGCAUUAUGGCGGUAGCCAUAAGGUGAUGGAACUUGAAAGACAGUUGCAGGCUGAGCGAACUGCUCACCAAUUACUUUUAGCACAGAAAGGUGAACUAUCUUCUAGCCUCUCUUCUCUCGAGGGAAAACUAGAACACGAGCGUAAAGAGUAUUCCGAGAUAAAAGACACCGUGAUUAGGCAAGAUAAUGUAAAUAAAGAAUUAAACGAUCGCUUGAAAAGGUUAAAAAUCCGUUUGGAGAUGGCUAUUAAGGAGAGAGAUGCUCAAGUUGCUUUGGUUGACUCUUUCAAAGCUCAAUUAGACAUAACAGUUUGUGAUGGAGCAGAAGAGCUACCAGUUGAACGGCGAUUGAAAGAAAUGGAAAAAUUAUCAGCGGAAUACAAAACUGCCCUAGAAAAUAUUCAAAGGCAAUUAGAUGAAAAAUGUACCGAACUCUCAGAGCAAAAAACUGUUAGCCAUAGAUUAAACGCCAAGUUGAAAAGACUUAAUAAGCAAAUGAAUAACACUUUAUCAUCUCCUGUUACUCCAUCAGGCGAUCGCCAAAUGCUUGACCAUCUAAGGAAUCAACUACAAACUGUUCAAGGUGAGUUAGACAAAUGUAAACGAGAAAAGCAGGCAGCCGCCAAAGAGCUAGGUCUACAAGCUGAAGGACUGGAUUUAAGUGAAAGCAAAGUUAUUCACUUAAAGGAUAAUCCUUUGUCGAAAAAGUGGGAAAAUAUUAAUGCUGAAUUGGCUCGUCUACAUACAGAAAACCAGCGACUGUUUGAAAGGGUUCAAUUACUAGAAGAAGGACACAGUUUCGCUGAUAUUACAGCUCGUGCUGAAGAAAAUGCUAGUAGCGUAAAGGAGUUAACUGAGCAAAUUAUAGGAAUGAAAUCGACAUUAAAAUGCGAACAUAUCAAAUAUAAGCGUUUAGAAGAGCAGGCACAAAAGACAAUAAAAGAGUUAAAAAUGAUUUAUUUUGAGUUAACGGGAUGGAAACUAUAUGAACCCGAGCGAAAGGUUUAUAAGGUUGUAAAUGACCUAGCUGUGUGCUCUGAACAUUUCUUAUAUUUUAAGCGAACUGAAAAGGAAGAAGGGGGACAUCUAAUUCUCUUAAAGAAUAGCUAUAGCGAGAUGGAAUCUCUAAAGCAACAUCGCCAAAAAUAUCUUGAAAAUUAUGGCAGUAUUUCUGCCUUUCUCGCAGCAAUAACACUAGAUCUAAAUACUAUUCAACAUAACGACAGUACUCUGAUGACGAACGACUAGGGAAAUCUAACGUGAAAUUAAAUAUAACCUCAGAAAUUAUCUGAAGUUUUACUCUACCUUUUAUAUUGUUUACCCAACGCUAAAAACAAAAUUAGUAAUUAUUUUUUGACUUUGGACACGUUAAUCUUCAUGAAAAUGAUUUUGUCGUUCUUAAAAUGCACCAUGUACCCGAGCGUUUUAAUGAAUAAGGGAUAUACAAUGGUCAUCGUAAAUGAAUAAAUACUUCCCAGAGCAUAUUUUAUUUUUGUGUGAAAGAUCAUUUUUUAAAACUAUCAUUUUUGUAAUUAAUAUUAUUGUCUAACUUUAUAAAGCAGAAAUAUAUGUCUCAGGAAUCAGGAAUUUUUUUGAAAACUUGCAUUAUUAGCUUAUAAUCGGACAGUUAAUAAGGUCAUGGAAAUUUAAGUUUCUGGUGAUGAAAACUUUCACUAUGCAAUUUCAUAAGGAUAAAUAUCAUUAGGUUAUUCUAAAAAAGGUAAAAUAAAUGUGUUGGAACGGGUUUCAAGUGUUGUUUCUUAAUGUACUUGCUAUUUUUUUUUAGAUAAUUAUCUAAUAAUGAUGGUUUAAUAAUUUUGUAACGUUCCAAACUCAAUUGAGGAAAAGAGUUUACAU